UCGUCAUCACCUAUAGUCUGUAGGUGUCUGCGACCAAUAGAGAGACAUUCGCAUUAGUACAAUACUCGAAAUUCGCGAUCAUUUUUCGCCCGUGUCAGCGGCUAAUGUUUAUGUGCAGUGUAUAGCGAAAAGUCGCGUUGUGUGUCUUUAUUUUUCUCUCUCCCUCUCUCUGCAGUGUCUCGUUGUAAAUACUCGUGACCGUGUACGCGCGCGCGCUCCACAUCAUCGAUGAGGAUCAAGGAUAACAUUAUGUACCGCGUGAUCGAGCCCUGUCCGCCCAGACUGCCCGACGACAUCUUCGAGACCGACGACGUCAACGACGGCGACAACUGCAAGAAGAGGCGCCAAGGUGACGAACAUGCUGAUCAACAACCAGACAUCAAAGCCACGGAUCAAUCCCGGCGGCAACAAACCGCUUUAAUCAUUGGCGGCCAGGUUGGCGCGGAGUUCGUCAACGUAUUCGACUCGCUUCACCAGAAUGGCUGGCAACAGUGCGAUCCCUACGAGAUUGACUCUCAGCGACUGCUUGCACCUGACAACUUAUUUUAUACUAAUCUGCAGAAUACUGUACAGCCAAAUAAAACGUUACCACUCUCAUCAAGUAUCAAACAGUCUGACAAUUUGCAGAGCAAUAACUUAAACCAGGCAGACCAUGCCCUGGGUAUUAAUACAAUACAGUCUGACAAUUAUGUGAGUACUAAUGUAAAGCAGCCUGACACUACCUUCAGUACUAAUUCUAACUGCAACUGGCUUGAUAAUUUAACAACUAAUACACAAAAUCAUGAAAUGAAGACUUCACUAGACACUCCACCGAUCUCACCUGAUAAUAAUCCAUCACUGCAAAAUGUCACAAAGAAUAAAGAAAAUAAAUUACCAUCAAUGUCUGGACCAAUUAAAUUAGUAUCAACAUAUGGAGUCAUGCCAUUAGCAGAAAUUCCUACGAAUAAUCAUGCUAAGAAAUGUCAAAUACCAAAUGUUUCGACUAAGGAAACAAUAAAAACAAUAUCAGUAAAGAAAGUGACUGCAUUAAGCCCAGAAGAAUCAAAUGAAUUUUUUAAAAAAUUUAGAGAAAAAUGUCCUAAUAUAGAACAUAUGGGAAAAUUUCUUGAUCUGAAAAAUUUUAAAGAAUCUUUAAAAAAACCCUGUGUUCAAAUAAAUCUCAAUCCACCAAAUUUGUCACUUAUAUCAAAACCAGGUCAAAAAAGCACCCUUCCUAGAAUUGUGCCCAACGCUGUUAUACAAAAAGACAAUGAAACGCCUGAACCACCCUUGCUUCUUUAUACUUCAGUCACAAAUUCUCACUCACCUGUUCCAAACGUACCAAUUGAAGAUGUUCAAGACAUUUCCAUUGAAAACAGUCAAAUGCAAUCAUUGCAAGAAACUCAGCAUAUUAAAGCUGAAGAAUUUUCACCUACUCAAGAGCCAUUUCAAGAUAUUUCAAUUGAAGAUAUGCUACUUAGUCAAGCUUCUUUUGAUGAUGCAUUAAUUCGAGAUGUUAAUAUGCAGAAUUAUCAGUUUGAAGAAAUAUCACCUGAAGAUAUUUCCAUCGAUAAUGAUGAUUUUGAAAAUAUUAUAUCUCAAGAUAACUUUCAGGAUAUUAAAUUUGAAAAUAUGAUAUUAUCUCAGAAUGUUCCAAUUCAAAAUGUUCCCACUCAGAAUAUUUCUGAAGAAAAUAGGCUGACUUUAAAUGUCCAUGUUCCAUCGAUUGAUUUAUCAGCUCAAGCGAUGAAGCCACUGCCAAGAAUGAGGCAGAAGAAAAAUAUAGAUCCUCAAUUAGCACUUGAAGAAAGUAAACAAAAAAAGCGUAUGAGAAUGCUAAAAAAUAGAGAGUCUGCAAGUGUAUCGCGAAAGAAAAAAAAAGAAUAUCUUCAAUCGUUAGAAGCAAAAGUAGAAAAUUUCGAAAGAAUAAUUCAAGAUUUGACAGAGCAAAAUGAAAAUCUCAAAAAAAUGUUGAGUUUGGUCAUGGAUACACAAAAAAUUCCAGAGCUAACACAAUAUUUGAAACCAACUGCAAAUAAAAAAAAAGCAGCUUACACUUUUUUAAUGGUAUCCGCCUUCAUAUGUUACAACAUUGGUGGAUUUGGUUUCAGCAAUAUUUUAACACGAGAACCAAGACGACUUCAUGAUAUAAACUCAAAAAUCCCUUCAGCGAUUGAUCUGGCAAAUGUCAGGAUGGGUCGAACGUUAUUAUGGAAAGACAACUACAUCGAAGAGCCACCACAAGAGUCAUUCACUGCUAAUGACAGUACACCUGAGUUUAAUCCCAUUUGUCCAACUUACAUCAAUCAAACUGAAUCGAAUCGCUUAGAUUCAGAGUUACGUCGGUGGAUAGGUGAGGCACCGAAACCUAUAACUUUAGAGAAAAAAAAUCUCGAAAAAGCUUUGAAACCAAAAGUGAUAACUUCAAGACUGAUACCCAAAAAACGACUCAAGCAACAAAAAAUAAAAAGUGAAGUGACGAAAGAUAUAAAUGCCAUACAGUUAUUUUCUCCAAUGAUCAAAGAACAUGCAAAACUGUUUGAAGUAUUAGGAAGAAAGGAAGAUACAUUUUAUGUUGUCUGGUUCACUGGAGAUCAUUUAUUGUUACCAGCGUCAAGAAAAAACAGUACAAUGCAUCCCAAAAUGUCCUUGAUUUUACCGGCGCUGCCAGUAAAUGGUUCAUAUUACUCUACUCCAUCGAAUCACAUAACAAUGAUGCAAAUAGAUUGUCAAGUGACAAAUACGCAACUAUUGCAUCUACAAGAAACAGUCAUACCAAAGCAUUUGCGUAAACCAGCGCAGUAUAAUAGGAAUACAUCGAAUACGACUUUUCCUAGCACGUAAAAUGAAAGUCCUUGCACCAAAGAAAAAAAUGGUGAAUAUUGUGGAAUAAGGAAAUUAAAAAGGGAACUCAUUUUUGGCGUAACUAAUUAUUCGAAGAAAAGCAUUACCUUUUUAUACUAACGAUUCACUUAUGUAUUAUUUAAUAAGGCUGUGUAAAAAGCUUAUGUAUGCUAUAGAAUAGGUUACUGCCAAAUGGAGUAAAAAUAAUCAUGGUUAUAAGACAGUAUUUAUUAAUUAAGAGGCUCUAAAUUAGUUUUUAAUUUUGAAUCUUAGUACAGUCUGAGGGUCAGUUUGAAUAGCAAAAUUCAUAGCUAAAUAAUUAUAAAUUAAUUUUAAUAUAAUUAAAAAGUAUUUAUGAUUUACAGGCAGAUUUAUUUCGCAAUAUUAUGAAUUAAUUAGAAUAUAUUUUAUUUGAAUCUGUAAUUACGUAGGACAUGGAAUUUAAGUGAAAAGAGAAUUUUAUUUCUUUAUAUACUUAUGUAAAUUAUUUUCUCUAAUUAUUGAAGGUAAUUUAAUUAAAGAUGAAAACU